AUGGACGACGAGCUCUCCCUUCCAAAAGCGACCGUCCACAAACUCGUCACUGAAAUGCUCCCGCCAGAUCUCAUCUUCUCUCGCGAAUCCCGCGACCUCCUCAUCGACCUCUGCGUUGAGUUUGUCCAUCUCCUCUCCUCAGAAGCAAAUGAUAUCUGUGAAAAGGAAACUAAAAAGACCAUUGCCGCUGAGCAUGUCUUGAAGGCGGUGGAAGAAUUGGGGUUUCCCGCCUACCUGGACGCGCUGCAAGCUGUGGUGCAGGAACAUAAGCAAGCCAUGAAGUCAAGGGAGAAGAAGGUCUCCAAGUUUGAGCGCUCAGGCUUGACGGACGAGGAACUGCUCAGGCAGCAGGAAGAAUUACUGGCAAGCGCACGCAACCGUUUCCAAGCAAAAGAGAUGGAGGGAAGACCAGUCAUUCGAAGCGCAUCGCAGCCCUGUCGCUUCUGCGCGCGGUCUCAAGAUUGA